AUGAUCUUGCUAGAGAUCAAUAAUAGAAUUAUAGAAGAAACUCUUACAGUUAAAUAUAAAAAUGCACUGGCGCGCUUAAAACCUGAAUCCAUUGAUGUGACAGUUGCUGACUUUGAUGGAGUGCUUUUUCAUAUAUCUAAUGUUAAUGGAGACAAAACCAAAGUUAGGGUUAGUAUAUCAUUAAAGUUUUACAAGCAGUUAGAGGAACAUGGUGCAGAUGAACUUCUCAAAAGGGUGUAUGGACCACUCCUCACUGAAACAGAAUCAGGCUACAAUGUCUCAGUGUUACUGGAUAUGGAGAAUGUUCCUGAUGAUUGGGAAGAAAUAGUAAAGAAAGUUGGUCUCUUGAAAAGAAAUUGCUUUGCAUCUGUGUUCGAGCGCUAUUUUAGGCUGCAGGAAGAUGGGGAUGUUGGUCACAAACGUGCAGUUAUCAACUAUCGGCAGGAUGAAACUUUGUAUGUGGAGGCACAGGAAGAUCGUGUGACCGUAGUCUUUUCCACUGUAUUCCGUCAUGAAGAUGAUAUGGUUAUUGGCAAGGUGUUCAUGCAAGAGCUUAAAGAGGGAAGGAGAGCUUCACACACUGCACCUCAGGUUCUAUUUUCACACAAAGAGCCGCCGUUAGAACUCGUCGAUACAGACGCAAGAGUUGGUGAAAAUAUCAGUUAUGUUACAUUUGUGCUGUUCCCGCGGCACACGUGCGCGGCGGCGCGCGCCAACACGAUCGACCUGCUGCACAUGUUCCGCGACUACCUGCACUACCACAUCAAGUGCUCCAAGGUGUACGUGCACUCGCGCAUGCGCGCCAAGGCCGGCGACCUGCUCAAGGUGCUCAACCGCGCGCGCCCGCAGACCUCCUCGCGACCCACCGAGCGGAAGACUAUCACGGGAAGAACGUUUAUUAGGCGAGAUUGA